AAGAGUUCCCAUCAACAACAGCAAUAACUUCAACACCAGCAACCGUUAUUACCAUAUAUACGCCACUAUAUACAAAUAAUUUAAGUGAAUCCAAAAAUAAAAAUGAAGCAGAAGAAACUAUAAAGCAGUGUUAA